AUGGCUGAUAAACGUACUUUGCUAGCUGUGAUAGCGGAUGAAGACACUACAACGGGCCUGCUACUUGCAGGUGUUGGCCAGAUAACUCCAGACACUCAAGAGAAGAAUUUCUUUGUUUUCCAAGAAGGUAAGACGACUAGAGAAGAAGUAGGAGAAAUGUUUGAUAAAUUUACAGAGGAAAGAAACGACAUAGCUAUUCUAUUGAUCAAUCAACAUAUUGCUGAACUAAUACGGUCCAGAGUCGAUUCAUAUACAAAACCCUUCCCAGCUAUACUAGAAAUUCCAUCUAAGGACCAUCCAUAUGACCCUGAAAAGGACUCUGUAUUGAAAAGGGUCAGAAAGCUAUUUGGUGAGUAA